UAAUUACAGUGAUAUUAGUAUAAAUGUGCAUACAUAGAUCCAUAGAAAAUCACAGUUCUCAUUACAAAUCACUAUUAAACAAGAAAAAACAGAGUGAGAGAAGAGAAAGAGAGAUCUAUCAUGUCAACUACUCCAGAAUGGGUCAUGAUUGGAGGAGAAGGUCCUGAGAGUUACAACCAGAAUUCCUCAUAUCAGAGAGCAUUGUUGGAUGCAGCAAAGGAAAAGAUGAGCGAGAUUAUUUCAGCCAAACUAAGUCUCGAAUUGAUUUCCGAUCGCUUCUAUGUAGCGGAUUUCGGUUGUGCGAGUGGACCCAACACUUUUGUGGCAGUCCAGAACAUAAUAGAUGCUGUAGAAGAAAAAUAUAAAAAAGAAACUGGACAAAACCCAGUGGACAACAUCGAGUUCCAAGUCCUCUUUAACGACUUUACCAACAACGAUUUCAAUACCCUCUUCCAAGCACUCCCUGCAGGCAGACGAUAUUAUAGUGCCGGGGUUCCAGGUUCGUUCUUCGAGCGUGUUCUUCCUAAGAAGAGUUUCCACAUAGGAGUUAUCAACUAUGCAUUUCAUUUCACCUCCAAAAUCCCAAAGGGGAUCACGGACCGUGACUCUCCCUCAUGGAACAGAGACAUGCACUGCACUGGAUUCAAUGAAGCAGUCAAGAAGGCUUAUCUUGAUCAAUACUCGGCAGACACCAAGGAUCUAUUAGAUGCUAGAGCUGAAGAGAUUGUGUCUGGUGGACUGAUGUUGCUUUUUGGAUCUUGUCUAAGAGAUGGGGACAAGAUGUCUGAGACCUCUAAAGGAAUAGUGAUGGAUUUCAUCGGCGAGUCUCUUAAUGAUCUUGCUCAACAGGGUAUCAUCGACCAGGACAAGGUAGACUCUUUCAGCACCCCUCUCUACGUUGCCGAAGAAGGCGAAAUAAGACGAAUCAUAGAUGAGAAUGGGAAGUUUACAAUCGAGGCUUUUGAGGAUAUCAUUCAUCCAAAUGGGGAGUUUCCAUUAGACCCAAAGAUCUUGGCCGUCUCUUUCAGGGCGUCCUAUGGAGCUUUUCUAUCUGCACAUUUUGGAGUUGAAGCAAUGAGGAAAGCAUUUGAGCUUGUCGAGGUCAAAGCACAAGAACAGAUAACUCGCAUCAAGAACGCCAAACCGGGAAUGCAGUACCUCAUCGUUCUUCGCAAGAACUAAGAUCCAAAUAUUUAAAUGCCUAUGUUAUUUCUGUGUAUUUCCUAUCCACUGUUGUUUCUCUUAUCGUUUUUCUAAGAGUGAUUUUAUUCUCGCCAAUCCUAAGACUUAAUAAAUGUUUGUAUACAUAUGAAAGUGUUUUUGAUGAAUAAUAUGCUCAUGUGGAUCUAUAUACUGAUUUGGUAUUUGUAUCUACCCUUAUCUCUAUCAUUUACACACACACAAAAGUUGUUAAUUUCUACUUGAUAUUGUACCC